AUGCGCGCAGUACCUCAAGUCCUCGCCGUCCUGGCGCUUCUCGCCGCGUCCUCGUCUGGCCAGCUCGUCUCGUGCACGGCCAAGGUGUGCGUCGCCAACAGCGUCGAGCGCACAGACGAAUUUUGCCUCCGAGCGUGCAACACGGACGACGCCGCGAACGACUGCAAAAUGUUCUGCACCUGCGGCAGCACGUCGCCGGGCUACAUGUGCGCCAACGUCUGCCGCAAGGCCAAGACCUCGGACGAGUGCGGCACCCCCGUGUUCCAAAAGUGCCAGGCCGAUGCGUUGGCGUGCGACCGGUCGCCAGUGACGUCGCCGGCGCCGACGACUGCUGCCGCCUCGACGCCGGCUCCUACAUCGGCCCCGACAACCGCGCCGACGAAUGCGCCUACGACCGCACCGACGACCGCGCCGGCGACGCCGAGUCCUUCGACUGCAGGGCCUUCUCCGUCGCCGUCGCCGAGCACGGCGGCUCCGACUACCACGCCAACGAACGUUCCGACGACGAACGCUCCGACGACGAACGCUCCGACGACGACGCAAAGUAGCACCACGUCGCCGGCGCCCACCACAGGUGGCUCGUCGACCCCGGCUCCGACCGCUUCGACGCCUGCGCCGACGACAAAGGUCUCGGCGUCGCCGACCCCGUCUGCCAACGGAACGGCUGUUCCUGGCCCAUCCUCUACACCUACGACACCGGCCGUGACGUCGAAAAACGAGUCGACGCCGGCCACGACGGCACCGGUCAACAACGGUACGGUGCUUCCUACAACGACGGCUGCCCCCACGACGUCGACCCCGAAUGCGCCGUCGGGCAAGUGCUCCAUGAUCAGUGUCGUUGCCGACGCGACCUAUUGCAUUGAUGGUCCCGUGUGCGGUGGCGAGCAUGGCGGGUGCCCGAAGAAGGGCGACGUGGCCACUGCCCACUGCCUCAAGGGCCUCGACAGCUACGUGAGCGCCGACAAGUGCAUCGCGCCGAUGGACGCGACGUGCGAGAUGAUCGCGCCCCACGUCCGCGGCUGCGUCUUUGACAAGAAGAAGGCGGCGGCCGAAGCCAACGCGAAUGCGUCGUGCAUCCCCGUGGGCGUCUCGGGCGACGCCACGUACUGCGUGCCGGGGCCCAUCUGCGGCGGCAAUGGUAGCAAUUGCCCCAAGAAGGGCGACAAGGCGGCGAGCGACUGCGUCGCGGGGAUCCCGAGCUUCCACAGCGCCGGCUCGUGCGUCGCGCCAGCGGACGCGGUGUGCCAAAUGGUUGCGCGCGGCGUCAACGGCUGCGUCUUCCCUUCGCAGUCGUAA